AUGGUUGAUGUAACUCAAAUCGUUUUGAUCAUAGAUAUUAUUACUAUGCUGAUUGUUAUUAUCUUAUCUGCAGCCUAUAUUAUCCCAAUUAUUUUUAUUCGACGUUUUCAAACAACAUAUAACAUUUUGACAGGUAAUAUUUGUUUGACUAUCUUGAUUGCUUCUGUUUUUUGGAUUACAUUUAAUACCUUAACUGUUUAUAAUGCAUCUGCUAUGAAGCAAUCUAUUAUUGCAUGUUAUAUGACGGCAUAUUUUCCUGCAUAUGUCAAUUGUUCAACAGUUUAUGCCGUAGUAGUGGUUACUAUGAAUCGUUUUUUUGCAAUUGUUUAUCCUAAUAAAAGAUUCUUCAAGACGCAGGCAUGGUGCUUUAUUUCUCUGAGUAUACAAUGGAUGGUAGCCAUUCUAGCACCAUUACCCCGUCUCAUUUUUCCACUACAGACAUGUCAAUAUAAAAGUCUUACACCUUAUUGGAGAUAUGUGUAUAAUAUACUCAUUAUUGUCCUACUACCUUCUAUUCUCAAUGCUAUUUUUAAUGUGUUGAUAGUUAAGAAUGUACGUUCAUCAACUCGUCGUAUUCAUGUUGACAUAGUUGAUACAAAUGGUUCUACAAAUGCACAACAAAAUAGUGCUCGAGAUGUUCAUUUGUUGAAGCAUAUAUCUUUUAUUUUCAUUAUAUCUGUUAUUGGAUGGGCGCCUGUUUAUCUCUAUGAAGCAAUUACGGCAAAUCCUUCUGCUAUACAAUGGCUUUUUAUAAUGUUACAAAUUUUACCGUCUUCGAAAAUUCUUAAAAGAAAGACUCUUAAAUUGCAUAUGCAUUAA